AUGUCCUUCCCUUACUCCCAGGAUGCCCGUCGUCGGCGGGUCGGAGCCGGUUUCAGCGCCACGGGUCGGCGAACGUUCAUGGGCUACUGGGUCCCCCUGGCCCUGACCGUGGGCGUCGCGACCAUUGGCGUUGCAGCCUGGAUCUGGAGUGAACGAAGCGAAGAUGAUGACGACGACGACAACCAUCACCACCACCAUCACCACAACCGCGAUUAUCCCCGCGACGACGAGAGGUUCCCCGCGCCCGGUCCUGCUAGUGGGCCGGGCUUGCCGCGCGACGCCUACGAGGAAGGAGAUUAUGCCCGAACGACGGGGACGGACAUUCACGGCGAGCAUCCGGACGAUGCCAGCGUCAUGGCUCGCAUGCAGGGUGCUUUGCGCCGCACGCCCAGCCCGCAGCAGAUCUUCGACGGGGCCAGCAAGCGAGUCGCGGCGGGUGUCGCUGCGGCGGGUGCCUUUGUUGGCGGCGCCUUGACGUCCAUUCGGGAGGAGGAUCGCGGUGACUUUGAAGAUCAUUCACGCUGGUCGGAGGAGGUCGAAAAUAGAGCUUCUCGCGGCAGAGGACAGCAGCAGCAACCACAACAACAACCUGAUGUCACGGCGCCUUCUAUGAGUGGUGCUGUCCCCGGUCGGGCUGGAGUCGAUAAGAGGAAGAAAACGGUGGCUAUUGUUGUUUCGUCGGAUGCGUCGCACCUGGAUCCCGAAGAGUUCUCGUCCGAACAUGUGUCCAUUCUGUCGCAUCUUCCUGAACAUGUCAAUCCCGAUACCACUCGAAUCUUUGUGAUGAUCUAUGCGCCUGGAUUGAAGCAUGCUCCUUCUCAGAGUAACGGAUCUCACCCCACUCUCUCCGUCACUUCGUCGUAUUCAAACAUCGCCCCCGAAGAAGCUCAGUCUCUCGGUGAGCUUCCCUCGCCGGGUGUUGUCACGGCAGCAGACGAGCCCGAGGGUUCCACGCCGCUUUUCAAGACCAUGUACACACAAGCCCAAGCUAUUGUUGAGAAAACGAACACGAUCAUGCCGUUCAGCACCCGGACGGGAUACGUGCACCUGGUCCGCCACAUCUCGCCGGACAUUGUCUACGUACAGGAGUCUCUGGCGGGCAAGGAAGGGGAAGCCGUGCAUCAUAUCUCCGGGUGGGUCAGACAGGUUGUCGUCGUCGUCGGCGAUGAAGGUGGUCGAGGCGGUCUGGUCGACAGCGAAGACGAGUCGGCUCUUGGCGAGCAACAUGAACCAUGGUGGCAGAAAGAGGGCACCACUGGCAUCGGCAAGCGGAUCGACGUCGUUGAUGCUCUCCGCACUGGGGAUGACUGGCGACGAAGAUCAGGUGACUCCCCGGCCAUCACGUCGAGCGCGGCUUGGCAUCGCCAAACUCCCCUUUGCCUUUGCCAACCUCCGUCAACCGUUCAAGCCUCUCCUUUGACUCCUCCCUCCCCCUCCCCCUGCUAUUUCGGCGCAGGUCUCGCGUUCUUCCAUGGACGACCUUCUUUUGCUCUAGCAGCUCCCGGACUUCGUGCCAGCUUCCGCUUCAAUUCCGGCCUGCUCGUUGCUGCCCGGUCCCCGUCCUCCGCUCCCCACAUGUCUCGCGCUCCGGUUAUAUCAUCGUCGACUUCCGGAAUACGACCUACCUCACCAUCGCUCUCCUCCCUCCCGAACAAUCGCGUCUACGUGUCGCUGGACGUAGCCGCAUCGCAUGCCCGGUUCCGACAAUAA